GAACCUUGGGUACAACAGCUUGACGGGCACCAUUCCUAGCUCUCUUGGCAAUCUCCCAGAUCUUGCCUACAUGUAUCUACAUGUGAACAACCUGACUGGCUCGAUACCGGCCUCACUAGGCAACCUAGAUCUCGGGGAUUUAGAUUUGAGAGUCAACAAUUUGACCGGCUCAAUUCCUGAAUCACUUUACAAUCUCACAACUCUAAAGUAUUUGAACCUUGGGUACAACAGAUUGACAGGCACCAUUCCUGGCUUUCUUGGCAACUUCCACCGUUUUGCUAACUUAAUUCUAGAGAAGAACAAACUGACUGGCUCGAUACCCGUUUCCCUUGGCCACCUUUCAGCUCUCAAAAAGUUAGAUUUGAGCGUCAACCAACUGUCCGGCACAAUUCCUGAAUCCCUUUACAAUCUCACGAAUCUAACCUCACUGUGGCUUACAGCAAACAAUCUUACUGGUUCGAUCUCCACAAGCAUAGGCAACCUUAAAGCCUUGACGGCCAUAAUCCUUAGCUACAACUUGUUGACAGGUCCCAUUCCUGACUCCAUUGGCAAGCUCGCAAAUCUGGAAGCAUUAGAUUUGAGCUUCAACCAACUGACCGGCACAAUUCCUGAAUCCCUAUACAAUCUUACGAAUCUAAGCUCACUUUGGGUUUUAACAAACAAUCUUACUGGCUCGAUCUCUACAAGCAUAGGCAACCUUAAUGCAUUGACGGGCAUGAACCUUGGCUACAACUUGUUCACAGGUCAAAUUCCUGACUCCAUUGGCAAGCUCACAAAUCUGGAAUCAUUAUUGCUAUGGUCAAACAAAAUGACCGGCUCUAUACCCACAGUGAUAGGCAGCCUUACAUAUUUGAGUAACUUGUACCUUGCUUGGAACAACCUGACUGGCAGCGUCCCAGACUCCAUUGGCAACCUCCUGCAGCUCACAACAUUAGAUCUUAAAGAAACAAAUCUUACAGGGCAGCUCCCUCCAACACUGGGCAAACUUCACUCACUCUCGGAACUGUUUCUGAAUGGAACCACGGUCACAUGCCCGCCUAACAAGACAUUGUGUGUAGUUACGCAGAUUUCCAGUACCGCGUUUUGCAGCCAGUGCCGCUCCUUCUGCUCCACCUGUGUCAAAACAGCACCACGCCCCCCUUCUCCGCCUCAAGCACCCCCCUCCCAGCCUUCACCUUCCCCCACAACGUCCCCGUCCUCCUCCUCAGCAACCCCCGGCUCCCCCGAAGCCUCUCCUUCCCAAUCAGGAGGCGGUCUCUCUGUGGGAGUCAUUGCCGGCAUUGCUGUGGCUGCUGUGAUGCUGCUGAUCAUUGGCGUGCUGCUGUGGUGGUGGAGAGGUCACAAGGAUCGGGAAGCACGUGCAGCAA